AUGACUAAAAGUAAAACUAGUUCCUUCAGAGAUACCACAGCUGCUACAGCCAACGCAGAAUUUGACCGAACUAAUAAGCUCAAGGUUCACAGUGGCAAUGAAGAUGCUCCACCAGAAUACAACGAACAAUCAAUCCCAAUGGUGGUCAAGUCCACCUCCAAGUCUUUCGGCGUAAGAAGAACGGAAAUUUUAGUUGCACAAUUCACUCAUCCAGCGUUCAGAAUUUUCUUUCUCUUCACUGUGUUUAUUUGUGCUUAUGCUUAUUCUUUAGAUGGUACAGUCAGAAUUACCUAUCAAUCAUAUGCUACUAGUUCUUAUGAUCAACAUUCAUUAUUAGCUGCCGUUAAUGUUAUUAAGAGUGUUGUUAGUGCUGCUUCCCAACCAACGUAUGCUAGAUUAUCUGAUAUUUUCGGAAGGCUUGAAUUAUUCAUAUUUUCAAUUAUUCUUUAUGCUCUGGGUACGCUCAUUAUAUCUCAAGCUUACGAUAUCUACAGGUUUGCCGGUGGAUCUGUUUUGUACCAAGCUGGUUACUCUGGUGUUAUGUUGAUCUUGCAGGUCAUUUUAGCCGAUUACUCCAACUUGAACUGGAGGUUGUUAUGCUCACUUAUACCAACUACGCCAUUUAUUCUUAACACAUGGAUUGCAGGUAAUGUUGCAGAAUCAGCUUUAGCUACUUUCUCAUGGAACUUUUGUAUUGGCAUGUGGGCAUUCAUUUUCCCAUUGGCGUGUAUUCCAUUCGUUGGCUGUUUAAUUGCGAUGCAAGUGAAGGCUCGCAAGACUCCUGAAUGGCGCCAAAUUAGAGCUGAAGAGAAGGAAACUACUAAAUGGAGGUCAUGGAAUAAUAAUAUUUUUGUUAAGUUAUUCUUCGAGAUUGAUGUUAUUGGUAUUCUUUUCAUUAUUUCUAUAUUCGGGUUUAUUUUGGUGCCUAUGACUAUUGCAGGGGGUAAAACUGAAGAAGGUGCAAUUAGACAAGCCUGGAAGACAUCAGAAAUUAUUUUGCCAUUAGUUAUUGGAUUUCUUUUGAUAUUUCCCUUCAUAUUAUGGGAAUAUAAGUUUUCCAAACAUCCUGUUGUCCCAUUCCCACUUAUGAAGGACCGUGGUGUUUGGUCAGCAUUAGUUAUUGCUAUCAUGCUUAACUUUGUAUGGUACAUGCCAAACGAUUUUAUGUACACGGUUCUUGCAGUUGGUAUGAGAGCAAGCAUUAAAGCUGCUACCAGAAUAGCUUCGUUGUAUUCGUUUGUAGCGACUAUUGUUGGACUUUUGUUUGGACUUUUAAUAGUGCCUUGGGCUAGAAGGUUAAAACCAUUCAUUAUUUUCGGUGGAUGUUGUUGGAUUGGUUCAAUGGCUAUUCUUUAUUCGUAUAGAGGUUCAAAUGACGGUGUUGAAUCUGAGAAGUAUCUUAAUGGGGUUAUUGGAGGCUUAUGUCUCAUGGGUUUUGGUGCUGGGUUAUUCACAUAUCCAACUCAGGUUUCUAUUCAAACAUGUACUAAUCAUGAACAUAUGGCCAUUGUUAUCUCUUUGUAUUUGGCAUUCUUCAACAUUGGAAUAGCAUUUGGAAGUUCAGUUAGUGGUGCUGUUUGGACUAAUACUAUGUACCAACAUCUUUUGGAUAAGUUUGAAGAAGCUGGUCUUGAUACUACUGUAGCCGCAUUUGCUUAUGGAAAACCAUUUGAAUUUAUCGAGAGUUAUAAAUGGGGCACAUCAGAACGAAUUGCAGUUGUUUUAGCAUAUGCAAAAACUCAGAGACUCUUAUGUAUAAUUGGUUUAGGUUUAAGUGUUGUUUUAUUCAUUUCAUCGUUCUUGUUGAGAGACCAUAAAUUAGAAAGCGUUCAAUCAUUAGGGUUAGAUCGCGAAGAGGGAGUAGUAGCUGAAGACGGCGAGGUCGUUGUGAACAAUCAUGAUCAAGACCUAGUUCUUUCGAAGCUUAAGUCUUUAUUCAGAUGCAAAGAGAAGAGAAUUACUAUCUGA